AUGACAUUAUCACGUGUCAUUUAUGUCCCUCCCUGUCACUUACUUUCUUUCUUUCUUUCUAUUGUCCUUCCGUUUUUCUUUCUUUCUUUUUUGCUUUCUUUCGCCCUUCCUUCGUUUCGUUCUUUCUGUUUUCCUUCCUUUCUUCCGUUUUUCUUUCUUUUUUCUUUCUUUCUUUUUCUUUCUUUCUUUCUUUUGCUUCCUUCUUUCUUUUUCUUUCUUUCUUUCUUUCUUUUGCUUCCCUCUUUCUUUCUUCUUUCUUUCUUCCUUCCUUUCUUUCUCCAUUUGUUCUGUUCUUUCUUAUUUCCUUCCUUCCGUUUUUCUUCUUUCUUUCUUUCUUUCUUUUGCUUCCGUGCUUCCUUGCUUCCAUUUUCCAUUUUUUCUUCUUUCUAUCUUUCGUCCUUCCUUCCGUUUUUCUUUCUUUCUUUCUUUUGCUCCCUUCCUUCCUUCCUUCUUUCUGUUUUUCUUUCUUUUUUCUUUCUUUCCUUUUUCCUUCCUUCCUUUCCACGGAAAAAAGGCUGGGAAGCAGGGUUAGUUAGGGAGUUAUUUCUUGUUUUAAUGAAGAUUUUCCUUCUAUCAUUUCAUUUUUUCGAUGAAUAUUUUCCUUCUUUUUCUUCAUUUCUUUUUCUUUAUUUCUUUUUCUUUAUUUCUUUCCUUGUCUCUUUAGUUCACUCUCUUUUUUGUUCUUCUUACUUCCUUUCAUCUUUUUUCUUUCUUUUUUCUUUCUUUCAUUCUUUCUUCCAUUUUAUCUUUCUCUCUUUCUUUUUUUCUUUCUUUCAUUCUUCCUUUUUCGGAUGA